GUCCCCACCCUUCAUGGGAAGGGAAGCAGGAUCUGUGAAACCCCCUGGUGCUUGCUUCCCUCGGCAUUACUGACCUCCAGCCAGCCGGCCAUGUCUGCCACCCCCGCUAUGGGUGAGGAGCCGGGGUACAAACACACUUGGAAAAUCAGUCUAGAUACCACAUACAGCAAAGCCAGAGGCACCAGGUGAAGCAGUACCUGACCCUCGAUACCAAGCUGUCCAGCCAGACGCUCUCCCUGUCCCACUCCCACACAAUCCAGCCCGCGGGAGUGACCUCCAUUUUAAGAAACGGACACAUGCCUCCGGUCAGCGAUAUUGGCACACCAGAAAGCCCCGUUACCAAGCUGCUGGCCCUUGGAGGAGAACAUGAAAAUGCGAUGGAAGAGGUGAUUGAAGACAUAAUCAAUAUGGAAUCAAGUUUUAAUGAUGAAGGGAUAGGUUGUUCUGAAACUCCUCUACUAAUGCAAAGAACUCUAUCUAGCAGCAUUUUGGAUAUAUAUAACAGUGACCAGGGAAUGGCACCAGCUAACAUGGGUCUCACAAAUGCUUCUUGCCCAGCUAAUCUACCAGUAAAAAGGGAACUCACAGAAGCAGAUACACGAGCAAUGGCAAAGGAGAGACAAAAAAAGGAUAACCACAAUCUCAUUGAGAGAAGAAGAAGGUAUAAUAUUAAUUACCGAAUCAAGGAGCUUGGCACACUCAUCCCCAAGUCUAAUGAUCCUGAUAUGCGCUGGAACAAAGGAACUAUUUUAAAAGCAUCAGUGGAGUACAUCAAGUGGCUACAAAAAGAACAACAGAGAGCCAGAGAAUUAGAACACAGGCAGAAGAAAUUAGAGCAUGCUAACAGAAGACUUCUACUCCGAAUUCAGGAACUAGAGAUCCAGGCACGCGCACAUGGCCUUCCAGUCAUGUCUUCCCUCAGUGCUGUUGAUUUAGCUGCACAGGUCAUCAAGCAACAGUCUUAUGCAGAGGAGAACUCUGUAGACUACUCUCAACAAAUGCCUCUGGCACAUGGACCAAAUUCUGAUGUUUGUGAUGGAUCUACAGCCUUUUCUGAUCCGCUUUCACACUUCACGGAUUUGUCCUUCAGCGCAGCCUUGAAAGAAGAGCAACGGCUAGAGGAAAUUUUACUGGAUGACAGGGUGUCACCAUUUGGAACAGACCCACUCUUGUCCUCCACGUCCCCAGCCGCGUCGAAAGAGAGCAGCAGGAGAAGCAGCUUUAGCACAGAUGAUGGAGAUGACUUAUAAAAGCAGAAAGGGCCUCAUACUUCUCUCAAUCACUUGCUAAAAGACUGAGUUGAACGUAAGCAUGGUGUUUGUGCUUAUUUUAAAUACGAAUAAGGAGAGCCACUGUGAAGUUAAGUUACCACAUGACAAGGGUUUAAAUCAUCCCUUACUUCACAGGAAAAUGAGAUGGACAAGAACUCAUAUCACUUUGCCCCAAAUUCACACCCUCUGUUCACAGCUGACAUUUGCACAAAUCUUUCUUUGCUGGGAAUGCUUUUACUAUUGUUUCAUGACUUUUUACAGCACUAUCAAAAUGGUUACCACAAAAGGAAUACCCACGUUACAAAAAUGUAUUGAAACUCCCUCUUCAAUCUGCAUUCAUUAUUCUCUGCUAUCAACGUGAGUUUUAGUCAUUUUUUAAUUUCUCUUUUUUAUAUAACUAAAAAUUAUACAAAAUGUGAGGCAACAGGGAACUAUUUAAGCUGGGAACUAUAGAGAUGUUACAGGUAUUAAAAUCUGAAAAAACAGAUGGUAGUGCUUUCGCACAAGUGAAGCGAGCGUGAAAUUUAAACUGCGUAGGCUUCUCUUUAAAAGGAGAAAAUCCAUUAAGCUUUUCAUGGAAUUCCAUUUUUUAAAAAUUUCAUUUGUAGAAAAAGAACAGACUUUUAAUAUAUGUUUUAAUGAUACAGAAGAAAAAUGGAAACUAACAUAAUGACAGAGACUCAAACGAACUCAGACAGAAAAAUAUAUGACAUUUAGCAGAAAGACUGUAUGGAUGUACAAGACAACAAAGAUACUCCGUGUUACAAUUAGCACAAUUUAAAACAAGCACAAUAGGUAACAGUGCUAUGUCAGCUGCUUAUUCCAAGAAUAUUCAAACUGCGUCCUUUUUUGUGGGGAAGAGAUCAGAAUUCAGAUAGACAAGAGUGUGCUUCUGGACGUCCUUUGGCAGCACAGCAAGGUUUUUCCAAAGGGACUCUAUCCAUAUGCAUGCUUUUGAUCCAUUUGGAAAUGGAGGGAAAUGACAAGAUUCCCAUUGCAAACACUUGAAACAAAGAGAAUUUAAUUUCUAAUUUGGUUUUGGAUUCAGUACAGAAAAGCUGGAAAGGAAGACUUUUCAAACCAAAGGGGAUAUUCAGAAGUGUUGAUGCGACGCACUGCUUCUCAUAACUACCUUGCUAAGAGGGAGCGUUCAGAAAAUGUGUUUUGAUGAGUCAGUGAAGGCUUGGCAGUUAGACAGCAGGUAGAAGGCAUAUCAUUUCUAGACAUAGUGGAAUUCUGGAGUGUUCCUGGAGGACAUUAAGUGCAAUCGUUCUAAUAUUAAUACAUGGGAAAAUAGGCUGGCACAGGUCCUUCAUAGUUCUUCCUCAACCAGAGCCAAAAGGUCACAUUAGGGAGUUCUCUUAAAAAUUCCAAAACAUGUUUCAAAAGUAUGUGUUAAUUUUGCUGUCACCAAGCCUGCCUCUAACCCCAGAAGUGUCACAGGAUUGGAAAGAGUAAGAGGCAAUUAAAAUGGAUUGUUGAUUCCAUGGAUGUUUUAAGUGCAUUUAAACAUAUUACCCAAGAACAGAGCAAUUGUUUCUUCCUAUUCUCUCUUCUGUUAUUGGUACCUGGAUCCUCCUCACACUCCUUGUGAAGUUUGUGCUCCACCAGGGCUGUAGGCCAUUCCUGACCAACCCAGAUUCUUGGGGUUUCUUGGGUCCUAGUUUUCUUGGGGAAACUAUUCACAAUAGUUUCUUAAUUGGAGAGUUAGCAGUGGCAUAAUAAAUUCUAUCUGGAUGGCUAUGAAAGAUGAUGGAGUAUCCAAUUUCACAAUAAUAUUUAUGUUUUUAGGAAACUCAAGGAUUUAUAAGAGCCUAUGCAAACUACUUGUAUAUAAACUGAACAGAGCAGAACUGAUCUUGUUGCAUACGUGUGGGGUCCCAGACAGCCCAGCACACACCUGGCCCUCCGAAGAGGCUGAGAUACGUUUCUACUGCAUGGUUAAAAAUAAUAAAAACAACGAACAGUCCUCUGGUCAUUUUAUUUUUAUUUUUUUUUAGCAUGAAAGAAAGGAACGGAAAGACAAAUGAGUAUUAACCAAAGGUAAUUGAACGUAGAACUGAUCACCAUUUUAAUUGGAGUGCUUCUAUAAAUUAAGCUCAUUAGAAGAGGAACCACUUUGUCAUAGUUUUUCCAAAGACUAGCUAAUAUUGACAUUUGAAUUCAAAAUAUGAUGAAUUAAAAGUAACAUUUAUGCCCACAUUAUGUCUAGUGUAGGAUGCGUAUUGUCCAUUUUAGCUGAUAAAAGGAGGGGAUACUUGGUUGAUAUCAAAUGCCAUUUGUCCUUGUACUGCAGUUUCUACUACAUUAGUUUUAAAUACACCAGUGUGAAUUGCUCAUAAUGGAGAAAAAGAAAUUAAAUAUGAAUGUAUUACAUGAUUUUCCCAUUGAACUUUUACAUGGGAGUUAGACCAUACUUCUGAACUAUAUUGACUUUAAAUAACAUCCUGAAUUUCAUCACUUUUAUAAGCACUGUUCUAAAAAAACAUUAUAGUGCAUCCAUUAAAUUUUUUAAAGUUGAUUUUCAUUCUUCUGACAAUUGCUUCUGUCUGAAGCACCAGAUUUUUUUUCCUCUUCCUGCAUGAGAAACUUAACAGAAGAUAGCGAAUGCUCCUUUUGCAAUAUACCGUAUUGCAUCUAUCAUUAAACACAUUCAAGCUGUCUGCAUUCACACAAAAUCCCCAACCCCCUUGCCCAAAACACUAAAUCUAUCCAUACCUGUAGGUGUAUAUUAUGGCAAUGUUGUUUCACUACUGUUAGGUUUGUUCUAGUAGGAAGUCAUUAUAAUUAGUAUUUU